GUAGUAAUGGCUUUGAGAAAAUAGGAAGGUGGGGUCGUCUUUGCUUUGAUCAAAAAUACACAUUUACAUUUAUCGACUGGGUAUUUAACAUUGGAUGUUUUAUUUCUUAGAGAAGUUUAGUUGUUACGGUUAUUAAGCAGGCAUGAUCAAAAUGCUUUUAUUCUGAAGGAUUUGUUAGGAAAAGCAAGCUACCCAUCAAGCCAUUUUUGCCAGACUUAAUUGACAAUGAAAAGGAAUACUAAACAGAAGGGGACUGUCCUUGUCAAUAUUGACAAAGGUACACCUUCUGACUUGCAAACAUUCGACAAUGUUAUCUCAGUGGACACCAAAGCACAUCAGGAACAUCCAUGUCCCCUCCAAGAACUAUCAUCAGAGAAAAGAAAGCAUUUGUGUUUUAAACAGUACAACAGGAACUUGCUUACAUUCUUGAAUGAUGAUAGAAUGAAGUCAUCAUCCUUUUGUGAUCUAGUUAUUGUUGCAGAUGGAAAACAAUACAGUGCACAUAAGGUGGUGGCUGCUUUUGGCAGUAGUUAUUUUCAAGCUCAUUUGACCAAAAACCCAAACUUAAAACAUGUUACCUUGGACCAUGUUACAGACUCUGUGUUUCAUCACCUACUGGAAUUCUUAUAUACCUCAGAAUUCCUGAUCUAUGAAAGUGAGAUCCCUUCUCUCGUGGAAGCAGCCAAGUUUUUAGAUAUGACUGAUGCAGUGAAGCUGUUAACCAGUGAGGAAUAUUCAUCAGCCUCUGUCAAUGAAGAAGAGGUCACAGAAGAAAUAUCAUUCAAUGAACUGGCACAAACACCUGAGCUCAGUGAUAAGCUGUCUGGAAGCAACCAAUGUACCCUUUGUAGCCGAAGCUUCUGUUACAGAAAAUCCUUACAAAACCAUCUGGUUAAAUCUCACAGCGCACAGUCAGUAGAAGAAUCAGAAGACAUUUCCAGAAAUUUGGACAAGACAGAGCAUAUCACAAGAAGGUCUGCACGCACUCGCAAGUGCCCGGUAAAAUUCGGCAACAAUAGUGAUAAUGAAAGUACAGGCCUGUCUGAUGACAGCAGUUCAGACAAAAUGCUUAGUGAUGAGAGACCGGACAUUACUGAAAUGGAAAACUAUCAGAGUGAACAUGAAGAGCAGGAGGAGGACCAAAACGAAGCAACAUCGGAUGAAACCGAAGCUGAACAGGAGAGUGACAAUGACGAGGACAAUCGGAACACAUAUACUGAAGGAACCAAUCAGAGCUUCCCUGAAGGACUAGCUCCUGUCAUAAUCCAGAGUGCAAACAAGAAAACACUUAAAUGUCCUAAGUGUGAUAAAACAUUUGAUCGGGCAGGAAAGUAUGAAAGUCACACACGUGUUCACACAGGAGAGAAACCUUUUCAAUGUGACGUUUGCCAGCAGCGCUACUCCACUAAAUCAAACCUCACGGUUCACAGGAAAAAGCACAACAACGAGACUGCAUUCCACAAGAAGGAACACAAAUGCCCAUAUUGCAAUAAGCUACAUGCCAGCAAAAAAACUCUAACAAAGCAUGUGAAGAGGUUCCAUCCUGAUAAUCUACAAGAAUUCCUUUCAAUUAAGAAGAAAAAGAGUGAAGGGUGGAAGUGUGAUAUCUGCAACAAAUCCUUUACCCGUCGACCACACCUGGAAGAGCACAUGAUUCUUCACACACAAGACAGACCCUUUAAAUGUGUAUACUGUGAAGAGCACUUUAAAUCCAGAUUCGCAAGACUGAAGCAUCAAGAGAAGUUUCAUCUAGGUCCUUUCCCAUGUGACAUUUGUGGUCGACAGUUUAACGACACAGGAAAUAGAAAGCGGCACAUUGAGUGUACUCAUGGAGGAAAGAGGAAAUGGACCUGUUUUAUCUGUGGGAAAUCUGUAAGAGAAAGGACAACAUUAAAGGAACAUUUGAGGAUACACAGUGGAGAAAAACCUCAUCUCUGCAGUAUAUGUGGGCAGAGUUUUCGGCAUGGUAGCUCAUACAGGCUUCAUCUCAGAGUCCAUCAUGAUGACAAGCGUUAUGAAUGUGAUGAAUGCGGGAAGACUUUUAUUCGUCAUGAUCACCUGACAAAACACAGAAAAAUACACUCAGGAGAAAAGGCUCAUCAGUGUGAAGAAUGUGGAAAGUGUUUUGGUCGUAGAGAUCACCUGACAGUUCAUUACAGAAGUGUCCAUCUAGGGGAAAAGGUUUGGCAGAAGUACAAAGCAGCCUUACACCAAUGUGAAGUAUGUAAGAAAGAAUUUAAAGGGAAAUCAAGCUUGGAAAUGCAUUUUAGGACACAUUCAGGAGAGAAACCUUACAAGUGCCAGAUCUGUAACCAAACUUUCAGAAUCAAGAAGACGUUAACCAAACACAUGGUGAUUCACUCAGAUGCCCGUCCAUUUAACUGCCCACAUUGCAAUGCAACCUUUAAAAGGAAAGACAAAUUGAAAUAUCACAUUGAUCAUGUACACGGAACUAAGGCUGCAGAACAGUCAGCAUCAGAGCCCUCGGAAGAGAAAAUAGUUUCUUUGCCAAUGCCGUAUGAUGAUAAAGCUUAUCACACAGAAGCAAAACAGUACAUGGAGCAGCCCAAGGUAUACCAGCCAGAACCAAAGACGAUUCUGCAAAGUGUUCCCUCGGAGGUCUGUGUUCCUGUGACACUGGUACCUGUUCAGAUACCUGAUGUUUCUGCUCAAGCUGAUCUUGUAAGACACACCACUUCUCUUCCCCAGCCACAGACACAGCAAACCGAAUACCAGCCAGCCACAGACCUUGUCUUUUUGGAGAAGUAUACACUUACUCCCCAACCCACAAACAUUGUUCACCCAGUUAGGCCUGACCAGAUGUUAGGUCCUCGGGAGCAGUCUUAUUUGGGAACUCUACUUGGACUUGAUACAGCCACGCCAAUUCAAAACAUAUCCAACUCUGAACAUAGUUAAUAAAAUACUCUUUGAUGUACAGUAUGUGUUUAAUUCAUAGGUUUAGCUCUAAGAUAUGAAUUAAAAUAUGAAAAUGUUUGAGGCUUAAGUAAUUUUAAUAUAACUGAUGUGGUACAGAUACCAGGUCAAAUCAUGUUUUAUUAAUUUUACAGAUAUUUAACAAUCAAUGAAUCUUUAUUAUGGGGCAUUACAAUUCACAGCUCUGUAUUUGAAGUCUAGAUUUCAGUAUCUGUUAUAAUAAUAAUUUUUAAAAAGCUUAGAAAACUUUGUUUUGGGGGAUUUGAUAAGAUUGAAAUUGUGUUUUAAGUAAUUUGCAUUGCGUUUUUUUUAUGUGAUCUGCAAUUUGAUUUACAAAUGUUUGGUAAAAAAAAGGGGGAAAUGUAGAUAUUAAAAUAACAUUUUAAUUAUA